AUGCCCCCAUACCCGGGCCAGCAAUCACAAAACAUCCUCAUCGUUGGUGCUACAGGAAUCAUUGGAACAUACAUUACAAGGGCAAUCGUCGAUGCAAGAGAAAACUUUGGGCGAAUAUGUAUAUUCACGAGCCAGAAGACAAUGAUGGAGAAAAUCCAGGACAUUGCUGCGCUGGAGGCAUGGGGCGUCGAGAUCUUUACGGGCCGGCUAGAAAGCGAAAGGUCCUUCAAGAGAGCUUGCGAAGGCAUUGACACAAUCGUUUCAUGCGUGGGACGAGGUGGGAUAGAAAAACAAAUCAACCUGAUCACCUGGGCCGAGCAAGCAGGCGUACGACGGUUUUUCCCGUCUGAAUAUGGCACGGACAUCGAAUACUGGCCCGAAUCUGCACAGGAACCACCUCAUCAACUCAAGUUGAAAGUGCGCGCUCAUAUGAAGACGAUGAAGAGGCUGGAACAUACAUAUCUCGUGACUGGCCCGUAUAGUGAUCUGUACUUUGGCCUGAUGAAAGCCAGACCCGAGCUGGGCGAAUUCGACGUCAAAGCAAGAAAAGCAGUUUUGCUGGGUGAUGGGGAAGGCCCUGUCAGUUUUACAGCAAUGACUGAUGUUGGAAAAUUCGUGGUUGCAAGCCUCAUGAACCUGGGUGCGUCGAGAAACACCACCCUAGUUGUCCAUUCGUUUACAGCCACACCUCAUGAGAUUCUGGCUGAGUACGAGGAACAAACCGGGUCCAAGUGGGAGAAAUCCUACACGACCGUUGAGCGAUUGAGAGAGAUCGAAAAGGAAGAAUAUCAAGUCUAUUCACCCCUUGCCACAGUGGUGACGCUGCGGCGCAUCUGGACGGAAGGGGGGACUCUGUACAAAUUCUACGACGAAGGCAUACUGGGCGAAAUCGAGACGGAGACGUUAGAGUCCCAGGUGACUUCGAGUAUCCGGAAGCAAGAAGAAGGUGAGGGUCAUUUCCCCAGCUUGAUGAGGAAACUGAGCCUGCAAUGA